CUCUCUGUAGCUUUUAUGUGAAUCGAUCACUUCUCUGUUUUUUUUUUUUGGAUCUUCACUUUUGCUGAUUCACUCUCCUUAGUAUUUUUGAAUCUCUGUUUCUCACUCUCUGUAUCUUCGUCUUCUCCGUCGCCGAGUGGUUGUGUCGGUUCUGCAUUUUCUCUUCGCUGUUUGAGAAUCCAGGAAGUCAUAUAAGUUAGAUUGAUGUGAAUCCAUUGGUUCUGUGACUAGCUACUACUACAAUCUAUGGAAACUCCUGUGAAACAACGUCUCGAGAGUCAUGAGCUUGUUAAGUAUAUGUCCAAGUUACCGGUUUUCUUGGAGAGAGCUGAAACUACACCUCAGGAAAAGCUCUUGAGUGUUGGUGUUCUUGAUUGGGGCCGUUUGGAGAAGUGGCAGCAUAGUCAUAACAGGGUUUCAAUGAAGAGUAGAUUCCCUAUGGUUUCCCAAGCAGAUGCUUUGUUGGCUCCUCCGCCUAGAGGCGAGUCAUCAUCUGCUGGUCCAAGUAAAGUGCAGAACCGUAGUUCGGAUCGUCGAUUGAAACAUCGUAGCUCACGGCAGUCCAGUGUGAUGCCAAAUUCUGUUGUAAAGGAGUGUGAAGAAAUCAAAUGUACUCGGAGAAAGAAACACAAAGAUCGUAGAUGUUUCAGCGUACCAGAAGAGCAGUUUGGUCCAAGUACUAAUGCACAAGGAUUAGAUGUGUGUGAGGAGAAGGAUCUGAAAGGGAAGAUUUGCUCUAAAAAUGGAACUUUGUCACAUGGAUUGAAUCCUGAGGCUGGCUUGAACAUGGAGGUAAAGUCAAAGGCUGAUGUUAGCAGACAUAGGAAGAGUGAAAAGAACUUGCACGAAAGAAACCGAAAUGAACAUGAUGGAGAACUUGGUCGAAAGCAGCAUGGGGAGGCUAAGACCUGCAAGAGGAGUUCAAAUAGAAAAGUCCGGGUUGUUCACGGUGUUGAAGGAGAUUACUGUACUCAACAUUCUUGUCCCUUGCCAUGUAAUGCUGAUGGCUGCUUGGCAGAGAGUAAACUUGGCUCCACUGAUGCUGACCAGAAAAAGGUUUCAGUUGAACUAUCUCAGUGCGUGUCACUCUUAACAAAAGCAAGGAAUAAAUCUUCCAAAGGUAAAAUCUCAGAAGACAGAGCAUCAUCUUUGUUAUCUGUGAAACAUUGUAUGUAUGAGCCUUGCCAGAGACAAGAUUCAAAGACGCAUAAAGUGACAUCUGAAAAGGGGAGAAGUAUAUCUCCUUUUCAGCGGCUUAGCUUCAAUAUGGGUAAGGCAAGCAAAACUAACAGUGAAGGAGGUACUGUUCCCACAACCCAGCUAGACUCAAUGACUAACUCCACAAAGAUAGAUUCACAAAAUGUGGCUCUAUUAUCUGAUGUUGACGGCUCAAAUUGCAACAAACCCAGUAAAAAAGAUACAACCACGACAAGCCAUUUAAGAAGGUUGCUAGAGCCUCUAUUGAAGCCAAGAGCAGCUAACUCUGGCAAUUCUGUGGAGGGGCCGAAAGGUCAAGGCCUUCAACGACUUAAAUUGGGUAUCACAGGUUGCAAAUCAGUAAAUGUCAAUGAUUCAGCUCAUGGAAAGAAGCUAGGAUCAUCCAUGGUUCGAGCUGUUCUGCGGGUUACAGUUAAGAACAAUCAGCCACUCUUUACAUUUGCAGUGAACAAAGAAACAGACAUUAUUGCGGCCACCCAAAAGAAAAUGGGAAGCUCGGAAGAGGGUGAAUGUACUAGUGUUUAUACUUUCUUCUCUAUUAAAGACCAUAAGAGAAACAGUGGGUGGUUAAACCAAAGAGGCAGCGGCCAAACACAUGGUCUCAUCUCUAAUGUUGUUGCUCAGAUGCGGGUCUCGAGCUCUUUGCCAUCUGGUUCCAUCAGAGAGUUUGUUCUCUUCUCUGUAGAACUUGAUCGAGAGAGCACGGAAAAGUCUGAUCUGCAGUUGAAAAACGAGCUAGCUGCGAUCAUCGUGAAGAUGCCAAGAUUGUUUCACAGAAGGGCUCCACUAAACACGGUUCAGGAUCACAAUGCAACUAGUGGAGAGCUUGAAGAUCACAUCAAAGACAAGUUUUUUGACCAAGACAUUAGUGCUACGGUCAUACUUCAAAGCGGUGUUCAUAGUAUGCCUCAGAAAGGAGGGCCAUCGUCUUUGAUACAGCGAUGGAGAACAGGUGGAUCUUGCGAUUGUGGAGGUUGGGACAUGGGCUGUAAUCUCAGAAUUCUUACAAAUCAGCACAACCUCUCCUACAAGAAGUCGGCAACAUCAAACUCACCACCCUCUUCAAACAGAUUCGAACUCUUCUUUCUGGGAGAACAAGCGGAGGAGCAUCCGUUCUUGAGCUUUAAACCGAUCAAAGAAGGGAUAUAUUCAGUUGCAUAUAAUUCAUCCCUUUCACAACUACAAGCGUUCUCUAUAUGCAUGGCACUUGCAGAGAGUAGGAAAAUGUCAGAGAACAUCCUUGAGCAGAAAAGCUCUUGUGAUGAACAUAAAGUUAGGGGAAAAACCGUGUUACUCCCGGACCAAGAUUCAAACCCUAAUGGCAACACCGUCGGGUAUCAACCGCGGUUCUCGCCUGUUGGGCGGGUCUGAAGUUUGUAUUUUUACUUCAAACCCAAAUUUUUUACUUGCAGGUAUGUGAUCAUAAUAUUAGUGUUAAGCCUAAGAUAAAACAGUUGCAGGAAAUAAGAAAGCAGCUAGAAGAUCUCUUUAAAGUAGUUAGUCUAAUGAUCUUCCCAACUCUUAAGUGUGAAUAUUUUUUUAUAGCUUAUCUCUCCAUAUAUAAUGUUAGUCUACUACUUUCAAGCUGUGAAGAUCUUUGGUUUCUGAAACUUGAAAGCCUGACUCGGAAAAAUUAAAGGGGCUUUUUUUUAUGUUGCCAUGUGAUCAUUUGUCAUGAUGAAUUGGAUUCACAGGAACAGUGUUUUUGAACCUGGCCCAGCUGAUCACACAAAGUUUGUUUUUUGAAAAAAACAUUCCAUGUAAAUUGUAGAUAAGUCUUAGUCUUG